AAAACAUUGAGAUCAGUCACCAGUCUCUGUCCUCCCUCCACCAAUAUUGGUUAUGUACUGACCCAGCGCUACACGAGAUAGUAUAAGACAGUUUACAUGGAUUUAAUGAAUUGUCACAUUUGAUUUAAAAAUCGUGGAGUGACAUAAAGUCAAGAUGGCUAUUAUGAAGAUUUUUUUGAGAUCGGAUAUCCGAACAUUCACCGGUGUCAGACACCUGAGUACAAAGCCAAAAUUCGGCUUGAUAUUCGAUAUCGACGGUGUGAUAGUGAGAGGUAAAACUGUGCUACCACCAGUGCCCGAAUCAUUUGCGCGUUUGCGCGAUGACACAGGUAAAUUUCGUGUCCCAACUGUAUUCGUAACAAACAGUGGAAAUGCACUUCGUUCGGAGAAGGCACGAGACCUGUCAAAAUGGAUAGGUUUCGAGGUGUCCGAGGACCAGGUGGUGAUGGCUCACUCGCCCCUGCGAAUGUUCAAGCAAUUUCACGACAAGCGGGUGCUGGUCUCAGGCCAAGGCCAGAUCCGCGAAAUAGCCAAAGAACUAGGAUUUAAAAGGAUAGUAACGAUGGACGAAUUAGUUAGAAAUUUUCCAAGUCUAGACUACGUCAAUAAAGACAGGAGGAAUCCAACCUGUGGUCCUGUGGAUCCAAAUUUCUCUCCCAUCGAGGGAAUAGUUAUGCUCAGCGAACCCACCACGUGGGAGACUCCCCUGCAGCUCAUGGUGGACCUCAUGAUGACCGAUGGAAUGCCAUCAAAUCUUCCAAAUACCUUACCUCAUCCUCAUAUACCUGUUCUAGCUUGCAAUAUGGAUCUCCUCUGGGUCUCUGAGGCUCCCAUACCCAGGUAUGGUCAUGGGGCUUUUCUCGUUUGCUUAGAAGCUUUGUACAAAAAAGUCACGGGAAAGGACAUGGUUUAUACAGCCUUGAUUGGAAAACCCAGUGAAAUCACUUAUUAUCACGCCAAUCAGAUGAUCAUGAAGCACGCCAAGGAAAUUGGUAUCGAUCAUAAUGUGGAAACCAUUUAUGCCAUUGGGGACAAUAUUAACACCGACGUAUUCGGUGCGAAUCUUUACGAUAAAUAUCUGGCGAGAUAUUCGAAGGGCAAAGAGACGAAAUCCCGGGGGAUGGAGAAGUUAUUAGGCACAAAUUUAGAAGCACCAACUGUCAAAGCUUGUAUCAGUAUUUUAGUUGAAACUGGUGUUCAUCGACGGGAUUCUGAAUUCAUAUCAGAGCACUGCCCCAGGGAUUUUCUACCACUCGAGGAGGGCCUCUGCAGGCCAGCUUUCGUUGUUAAAGAUGUAGGUCGGGCGAUAAAUCUGGCGUUAAAGGAAGAAAAUUUCGAUUAGGAAUUGUAUAUAUCUUAUCUAGUGUGAGCUCAACGAACGUAAUAAAAUCUAGAGACGUAUGUCUCUGGAUUUUCAGUUAAUAGACGCAUAAAAAAAUGUUUCAUCGAUGAAAUGUUGAAUUACAAAAUUAUUUUCAACGCAGCAAUAAUUAUUUCAUAAGAAAAAUUCAUGACUAACAGGUGGAAUUAUUUUUUUUUCUACGAAUCUAGUCCGUUAUGAAAGGAGUUCCGUACCCAUUACAGUAGAUCAUCACGAAAUUAUUUCUUCGAUAAAUUUAAUUGCACGCGUGAACAAAAAACUCAAUAAAUAUUCUGUGGAAAUGAAAUUUUAAGGAAUUGGCGUAGAAAUUCCUUUGUUUUCUGUUUGAAUUUUCCUUUCCAGAUUGUUUAAGUUUUUUUCGG